AUGGACCCCAAGCUAAAACGCAUGAUUGAACUAAUCGAGUCCAAGAAGAAACCGUCACACCCGUGGAAGCGUGAAGAGCGUCACAGUCAGCCAUACUACACCUUCUCCCCUUCGACAUCUUCAUGGGACGCGGUCACUCCAGCUCCGUCGCGGCCCUCGGACAGCCCAUCGACACCAAACACCUUCACUCUCGUGUCCUGGAACAUCGACUUCAUGCUCCCCUACCCUGACGAGCGCAUGGCCGCGGCACUGAACCAUCUGCAGUCUCUGACGACGCAAACCUCCAACCCCACCGUCAUCCUCCUUCAAGAGAUGCUCGAAUCCGACCUCUCUCUCAUCCAGGCCCAGGCCUGGGUCCGCUCGGGCUACCACAUGACCGACGUCGCCAACACGCACUGGGAGUCGGGACACUACGGCACCGUGAUCCUCAGCCCCAAGGCGCUCCCCGUGACGGCCGUGUUCAGGGUCCACUACGAAGCCACGGCGAUGGAGCGCGACGGCCUCUUCGUCGACCUCGACAUCCAGGGACGGACGGUCCGCAUCUGCAACACGCACCUGGAGUCGCUCGUCGCGGACCCGCCGAAGCGACCUCUGCAAGUCGCCACGGCCGCGCGGCACAUGCACGACCCGGGCGUCGCGGCGUCCGUCCUGGCCGGCGACCUCAACGCCAUCCAGCCCUUCGACAAGACCCUGCACUCCGACAACGACCUGCAGGACGCCUACCUCGCGCUCGGCGGCCAGGAGGACUCGGACGACGGGUACACCUGGGGCCAACAAGCCCCGACGAAGCUGCGCAACAUGUUCGGCUGCAGCCGCAUGGACAAGGUUUACUUUUGCGGUGCCGUAGAGUGCACAAGGUUCGAGCGCGUGGGCGCCGGCGUGACGGCCGACGAACAGCACGUACGAGACGGCCUGGUCCAGGAAGAGGACAUGGACCAAGGCUGGGUGACUGAUCAUCUGGGUGUCCUGGCAGAUUUUACCGUUCUUCCAGCUGGGCCACGCAGCGAGCCCAAAAUCUGA